AGGUCUUGUGUUGAGAAAACUGGAUGACUUUUGAAGCUACAGAGAGAGGAGGAUCUACAAGCACUUUCUAAAUAAAUAUAACUCAAGGAUUCUUCUCCUUUAUAUGAACUGGACAAAAAAACAGCGCACAGCCUCAUUGGUGUGUUUACAAAAUGACAAAGGGGGAGAAAGAUUUCUGAUGUCAUCCACCAAAGCUCCCUUUUUAUUUCCACUUCCUAAUUCCUGUUUCCAGGCUGGCUUUACAAUAAGUCUCUUUCAGCAAUGGAUGGGCACUUCCUGUUUCUGUGAUAUUGUUGGCAGCCCUCAAAGGUUCAGCUAUCAUGCCUGGUAGAUUUGGGACCUUGUAACCUUCCAGAACCUGCCUUCCCACUCCCCCACCAUCCCCUCCAUCCUUCCUCUUCUAACCCACAGAAGAGCUUCACAGAAAUGGAAGCUCGUGAAUCAGCUGCCGCUGGGCAGAAAUGCUCAAAUAAAGAACCAGUGAAGGAGAAGAUGCCUCUGCAAAGGAAGUGGGCGUCUGAGCCCUCUGCAACCACAAAACAAAGCACUUUUGCUGACCCAGAGGGAAAACACAGGGAGAGUUUGCCUUGUGGCGCCACCGGGGGAUCAGCACCUCAGCAGAAGUACGCAUUUACAGGUAAUUCUGGAAAGCUGCUAUCUGGACCCUCUGCGGUUGGGGCCAUAGGAGGUCCGCCAUCUCAAGACCCCAAAGGGCCAUUUGUUCAGGGGUUCCCAAGGGGAUAUUCCUACCAACUUGGCCAACCAUACCCUCAGCACCCCCAGACUGAGCGCUUCCUAUCAGGAGCCAAACCUCAGCCAGGUCUAGAGCCUCAUGCUUGGCCAUUUGCUGGCCAACUGCCAUCGGAUGACCUGUACCCUGUAGGACAUCCAGGACAUACUCACCCUCAUGGGGCUGGUGCAGGGAGGUUUCCCCGCCAGAAAUCUCCCAGUUUACCUAGCUCCUUCGGACAGUAUUCUCAGUCGGGCCCUGAGCCUGGUGAGGAGGGAUAUAGCAAAAAAGAACAGAAGCCAAAAAAGCCCGGUAAGUAUAUCUGUCACUACUGCGGUCGAGCUUGCGCCAAGCCCAGCGUCCUGAAAAAGCACAUCCGCUCACAUACAGGAGAGAGGCCAUAUCCUUGUGUACCCUGCGGCUUUUCCUUUAAAACCAAGAGCAACCUGUACAAGCAUCGUAAGUCCCAUGCUCAUGCCAUCAAGGCUGGACUCGUACCAUUUUCAGAGCUAGCAGUGGCCCGUGGCGGGGACUUGGACCAGGCAUCUCCAGUAGGCGAGGCCGAGGUCCACUCAGAUGGAGAGCAAAGUACGGACACGGAUGAGGAAGGCGUGGAGGGCUCCACCAUGCAGAUCUCGUUUGAAGCUGACAAGAGUACAGGUGGUGUGGAACCCGCAUAUGCAGACUCAGCGGAAGAGCUCCCUGUGGGGUCUAUGAAAGUGCCUAUCCUUAUUGUCCCCAACCCUGGGGGAGUCCCCUCCACAGGAAUGGAGUGCCCACCCUUUCAAGACAUUAAGGGGUCACACCACAUGUUAGUGUCACAGAUUGGAGGAAGAGCGCAUUCACUGGAUGACUCCCCUUCAAUCAAACAACGCUUGGCCCUGAAGCUGAAUGACAGAAAAGGCCUUGACUCUGACUCUGCCAUGUCCCAGUCCUUGAACCUCCUCAGUCCUCACAGCAAAGGGAGCACCGACUCAGGCUACUUUUCACGCUCUGAGAGUGCAGAGCAGCAGAUCAGUCCCCCAAAUACCAACGCUAAGACAUACGAAGAGAUUAUGUUUGGUCGGACUUGGUACUACCGUCCAAAUACCAGACCCAGGCAGUCUAUCACAGUUGGCAUGGCAGGGGCAGACCCCAGCUGCCUGGCCAGCAUCAAGCAAAAAGGUGCUAGUAUAGACAUGGGUAAGAUAGCCGAAGAUCAUAUCUGUUUCAGAGGGGAUGUAGGAGUCUCUGGAGAUCCCAAGCAGUAUCCAACAGGACCCUGUCAAAGCAGCACAGGGCUUCUGGAGCUUCCAUCAGAUUCUGCUCAUCUUACUCGGAGUAACUCCAUGCCAACUUCCUCCCCUUCUAACCUGAGUGUCCCACCAGGGAUUCGAGGCAGCCACUCCUUCGACGAGACGAUGACACCAGAUGAUGUGUUUAGCCCCCCUCGCAGACUCAGGAGGCAGGCUGCAUUUGAACAUUCAGCCAAUGAAGCUCAUGCAGGAGAAGCCGAGGGCUAUGGACACAUGCCCAAGAAGAUUGGUGAGCGCAGCCCAGGAGUCCCGGAGCACAUCGCCUACAGUCCGUACGGUACUAAAGUUAGCAUGUCAGAAAUAGCCACAAGAAAAAGGAGGAUAGAGAAGAGUGUCGGGGACGAAGAGGACAGCCCUGGGCACUGUGACAGUAGCUGCAGUGGUUCAGUGGAGAUGAUUGGGGACUGUGAAUUUAAACAUGGUAGCCUAGAAGGAUCAAGAGCCAACUCAACAGGGAAGGGCUCUCUUCACAGCGCUCACAGCCAGUCAGACAGCUUUGAUACCUGUGCCAGCAUGUGCUCUGAGGACAUUGCACUGUUUCCUGACUCUGAGGGCAGGAAGGCAGUUGGGAAUGUCAUAUCAGUCAUACAGCACACCAACUCCCUCAGCCGGCCAAAUUCCUUUGAGAAGUCCGAAUCCUUUGAGCAGCCAGGUUAUCAACCAUCAGAUAAAGCUUUAUCCAGCCAGUACUCUGAACAGUCUGACUCAGAGAUCUUUGAAGACGCUCUGAGCCCUGAAUCUGCACUACUGAGGACAGAAAGCAUGGAGCAGCCGCUGCACAGUGAUAGUGACAUGGCUUCCCUCUCAUCCUCAUCGGCGGCAGCCUCGCCUGGCCAACCAUAUCACAUCCCACAUAAACUAGUCCGACAGCCCAACAUCCAAGUUCCGGAGAUCAGGGUGACGGAAGAGCCCGACAAGCCAGAGAAAAACACAGAGGUUUCCCUGGCCAAGGAACCAGAGAAGCAGCAGCAGCAUGUGGAGGAGUUUCAGCUACCACAGAGGAGCGACACACUCGCUCAGAUGCCAUCGGAAAAGCUUCCACCUAAGAAGAAGAGGCUGCGUCUGGCCGACAUGGAGCACUCAUCGGGCGAAUCAAGCUUCGAGUCAACCUGUACCAGCCUUUCUCGUAGCCCCAGUCAGGAGAGCAACCUGUCCCACUCCUCUUCUUUCUCCAUGUCCUUUGACAGAGAGGAGGGCCUCAAGUCCGCCUCACCCACCAAACAGGAUGACUCAAUGGCACCUGGUGGUGGACCUAAGCAGUCUGAGUUCCUCACAGUGCCUGGCAGCGGUCAUUCCAGCCACCAUCAGCAAAGGGAGAUGAGGAGGUCUUCGUCAGAGCAGGCACCCUGCACGCUGCCUACAGAGCUGCCUGAAAUGCGGAGCAAAUCCUUUGACUAUGGAAGCUUGUCCCCCUCCCGACAGGGGGAGAUAUACUCCAGCGCCAGUGCGAUGAAGGAACGCCGACGUGGAUAUCUUGUCCGACAGGCUUCGCUGAGCGUUUAUCCGGAAGCAGUCACCCAGGAACCAUGUGUUUCUGAGAUGUCAAUCAAACAGGAGAGUUUGGAACAUGUGGCGUGGCCUGGUCCAACAGGGUCCCCCCACAGCGGCACUGAUGUAGCCAGCAGAACCAAAAGAGUUGGUGUUGUAGGGUCCUUCCAACACCACCAGCACCAGCACGUCCUCCAACAGAGUAUCAGUGAGGACAGCUUGCAGGACGAACCUCUCUACAGCAGGUCCCAGCUCCAUCGCCUCCAUGCUCAGGGUUCAUCAUCUGAGGGAGAGCAUUGCGGUCAAGAGGUCAUGCACAAAGAAGCAAUCCAGCAGUACCAGAGUGCACAUCCCUACCUUUCCUUCCAGCAACCAGGUGUGUUCUGGAGUCAGGAUGUCAGCCAGACGGCCCGACAGCAGCUGACCCUCCAAGCUCAGCAACAACUCCAAAAACUCCACAUCAGAUCACCGGGAAACCCGUCUGGACAUCCACUCCACAAACAGCAACCACAUCACUCCCUGCAGCAAAUCCAAGAUCAACAGCCGCAUGACGGGAAAUCUGAAAAUCCAAGCUCUCACAUGUACUCUGCCUCUUUCUCAUCUCGCAGCUCUCCGCUGUCUCAGCAACAACAGCAAAACUUUGUCUCUCCUUCCUCCAAGCAAUCACUGCCCGCUUCAAGCAAUGCUGCAAUGCUUCUGCAGCAGAUCCAACCGGUCUUUGCCACCCAGAACCUUGGAUCCCAGUCCUCUCUGCCUGGUAUGCUGGUUCCAGUGCGGAUUCAAACCCAUGUGCCAUCAUUUGGCAGUGUUAUGUACACCAGUGUUAGCCAGCUGAUAACUACUCAUGGCAGUAGGCCACAUGGGAUAGAUUUAGGUGCUGCUGAGAACUGCAACAUGGCUUCUUCUUCUUCGGGUGUUGUGAGUGUCAGCAAACCGCCUGGAGGCAUACUGGGAGGAAUUAGUGGGGCAGGUUUCAACCUAUCGCACUUGCUUGGACAAACUGAUUGCGCAGUGCCACGCUACCCACCCUGGAAAGUUUCAGAUCCACCGCCAGAGCAACGCAUGAACACGGGGAUCCCACUGUCACUGACUUCAGGCACCAUAUCCACUACAGACGCGUCGGGGUCCGGCAUCGGAGGAAGCAAGCGCAUGCUUUCCCCCGCCAGCUCUUUGGAGCUCUUUAUCGAGACAAAGCAGCAGAAAAGAGUGAAGGAGGAGAGGAUGUACGGACAGAUUGUGAAGGAGAUGAGCGCAGUGGAGUUGAGUGGUACCGAGGGCAGCAGGAAAAGUGAGAAGGGGCCGGGCAGAGGUCAGCGAGUUCUGAAGAGCGAGGACUCCAUCGAUGACUCUGAAAGGAUGGCCUCUUCCCCCCCACUGAGUGACUUCCCCAUUGCCACCAAGAUUGCCAUUCCCGUCCGCUCUACUGCUCCCCAUCCUCCUGACGUUCCCCGGGCUGAAAGCUUCACCCCUCCUCUCCAGAUUGUCACAGACCGUUCCCCAGCUAAGGGUGGCCGGGACUCCCCAGAGGAGCUUGAUGUGGACGAUCCAAACCCCGAGCCCAGCUCCAGCCCUCAGUCCAUGGUGUCCUCCAACGAUGCAGAAGACACAGACAGCUCAAAUCAGUCUGCAGCCAACAAAGCCCCAGUCAGCAUGCUCGUUCAGCUAGCCACCAAUCAAAGUGCAGGAUUAUCCGGAGCAGUGGGCCAGACUCUCCUGCUCGCAGAUAUGUCUGACGUCCAGCAGAUUUUCCAGUUCCCGAGCCUGCGCACCAUGAGCAGAAUGAGCUGGUGUUUCCUGAACUACACCAAACCAAACAGCGCCGUAGCUGCCCAGCGAAGCUCCGUCUACAAUUCAUGGUCCGUCAGCUCAUACAACCCGAAUCCUCUGAACCUCAGCACCAAGGCAGCGCUGGCACUGCUGAGAUCCAAACAGAAGAGAAACGACGACUUGAUGUUCACAACUGCAGCCAUGUCGCCUCCCAGCUCUGGGAAACUGGUGUCAUCUGUGGCCUGGAAGUUGAGGUUUGAUCAGCUGAAGCCGGAGCUGAUGCCGGUCGAUGCCGGUCAUUUUGGGAGGAAGAUGAAAGGCGUGGUGUCAUGGGAUCGUUCGAAGGAGGAACAAGUAGAGAAGGAGGUCUCGGUGAAACAGCCCGCCAAUGAACCGACGCGCAUCAAGAUCUUUGAGGGCGGGUACAAAUCAAACGAGGACUACGUUUACGUCCGUGGUCGAGGUCGGGGGAAAUACAUCUGCGAGGAGUGCGGCAUCCGCUGUAAGAAACCCAGCAUGCUGAAGAAACACAUCCGAACGCACACCGAUGUCCGGCCCUACGUCUGCAAGUUCUGCAACUUCGCCUUCAAGACCAAAGGAAACUUGACGAAGCACAUGAAGUCCAAAGCUCAUAUGAAAAAGUGUUUGGAGUUGGGAGUGUCCAUGUCGUCUGUUGAGGACAACGAGGCGGACGAAGGAGAUGUCGGAGAUGAAGGCCAGAGAUCUUCUGAUAAAAUGUCUAGAUCUGCCAUGGCAGACCAUCAGUUCUCCGACGCCGAUGACUCAGAGGGCGGGGAGGAAGACGGCGACGAGGUGGACGAUGAUGAGGACGACGAGGACGACUACGAUGGCGACUCCACGCCUAAGACUCGCUCUCGCUCGACCAGCCCGCAGCCGUACUCCUUCCCCUCCAUGUCCAUCACGGCCGUGGCCUCCUCCCACUCUGCUCCUCCCCUCCAUCACGCUGACCUCUUGGGUAACACCAACAAACCUCCGCUGUUCGGGUACUUCACCACCGUGCCGAGCAUCCAGAUCACGCCGCAGGCUCCGCCCACCGACCAGGCAGCGAUGGAGUACCAGCGAGGCCUGCAGAGGGCGCUGGGGAGCAGGCUCCUGGUUCCUCAUUCCUCCUCCAUGGAUGAAGACCUACCCGUCCUCUCUCCUGACAUCUCCUCACCCUCCUCCUCCCGCCUCUCCUCACCCGGGCUCGACCUCUCUGGCUGCCCCUCCCCCAUCUCCCCCUCAUCCUCCCCGUCACCCCACCGGUACCUCUCCCCACGCCGAGACCUCUCACCCCGACCCGCACACCUCUCGCCCCAGCGGGAAAUCUCACCUCUCCGUCACAUCUCCCCAAAGAGGGACCUGGGGGUGUCGGGGGGAUACAGGCGGGACCUCUCCCCCAGGAGGGGACACCUGUCGCUGCUCUCCCCUCUCUCUCGACCCAUCCCCGCGGGAAGAGACUACAAGCGAGACCUUUCACCCCGCGGACGCCACAAAGGGAUGAUCCGGCCCCUCUCUCCUCGCCGAGGGCUGCACCAACAUCUCCACCACCAGGGUCCUCAGUGUGGAGCUCGGGGCCUAAGGCCGACUCACCAGGUCGGAAUCUUGGGUCAGGCAGAGCUGGACCCUCAGGGUCACCUCAGAGGCAGCACGGAGAUGGAGACGGAACAUCUUCUCGGAUCACCGUCGUCAGGGGACCGGGGCGGUAGCCGUGGCAACCAGUCCAGCCCACCACACCAAGUCCUGUUCAGUCACCUUCCUCUCCAUUCUCAACUCCAGGUGCGUUCUCCAUUCCCGAUGAUCCCUAUCGGAGGGAUCCAGAUGGUACACUCCGUCCCGUCAGCUGUCACCUCACCUCUGGGCCAGCAGGGGGCACAGCAGAGCACAUCCCGCCUGGUGCUGCAGCAGAGCACGUCCGAGGACUCCUCGGCCGGCGAGGCCACCUCUGCUCAUUUCACCUCGGAGAGGGGGGCUCGAAGAGGAGGGGGCGACAGGCAGAGGGAGUCGACUUCACCUCAGAGGGAGGUGAGGCAGGAGCAGGAGGAGAGCAUCCAGACCUGCACCAAGGCCAUCGCCUCGCUCUGCAUCGAGGGGAAGGAGCUCGCAGAACGAGGAGGAGGCAGAGAGGAUAAAAGGAAAGAUGGCGGCCGAGUAUCUUCCUCCUCUUCUUCUACUCCUUCUGCAUUGUCCCCCGACUCCCACUUUCAGCAGCGCUCCCCAUCUCCUCACCCGUCACCAUCACCUGGGAUUCAGCACUUUAGCGGCCUGGAGCUCAGGCCUCCUCCUCACCAAUCAGUCCCCAACUCCCCUUCGUCCUCCUCCUCCUCCUCCUGCUCCCCUUCCCCUCAUCCGCCAAGCCCCAACCCUGGAUCUGAAGCCCACCAGCCUCCGUCAUCGUCCAAACCUCUCAUGCUGGAGCGAGACUGGGAGGCGGAAAGCACAAAAAGAAGCAGAGACGUGUCAUAGGACCGCAGAAGAAGAAGAAACGGAGGAGGAAAAAACGAUGGAUUUCUUUAUUAGUUUUGGGAUAAAAGGAAGGGAUGAAGUGCAACAGAGAGAGAAAAAAAAGACUUUUGCACACUUUACACACAUUAUCAUACUCCAAUUUAUACACACACACACUUUCUCUCUCUUUCAAACACACACACACACACACGACACAUACAAAGAGAAACAGCUCUUGUCAAAAAAAAAGACUCAAGUGGACUUUUGCAGUUUUAAUGUACGUGUACCUACAGCAUGCCUGUUCAUACCAGGGCCUGCUCUAUGAAACCUUUUUCUUAUUUAAAGACUUUUUAAAAAAGAGGAUCUGUAUACAGUUUUACAUGUAUGUGAACUAAAUAAAUACCAACACAUGAGCCCGACCAAAAUCUGCUAAAAAAAAAAAAAAAAAAAUCAAGAACGGACUCUGGUUUAAGCGGUACGUCAAAAGACAAAAAAAAAAGUCUGACAGCUAUGUGUGUGCCUUUUCUUUCAUCUUUAGUUUGUUCUUUGCUUAUAUUCUUAUAAGCAAACAAAGCAGGAAGGUAAAUGUAAAUACAGUACUAUCAUGUAUCAGCUUUGUAAGAAAUGCAACUUUCUCCCCCUCCCCCGCCUUCCCCCCUUUUUUCUCCUCCCCCACCUCCUGUGUUUUUUUUUUUUGUUUUUGUUAUGGACACCUUAAAGUCUCAACAAGCGAUGUGAAGUUAUGGAUAUUACGAUUAUUACGUACGGUUGCACUAAAACAUAUUUUUAUAUGAGUGAAAUUUUAAAAAAUGCUUUUUUGUGUACAGCAGCGAUUCUAUAAUACUAUUUAUUAUUGUUACCAUGUUUCAUAAAAUUGUACAUUUUUUCUUAAAUGUCGUGGAUGCCUUUUUCUAUGUAUGUAAAGCAUGGGUUUUUUGCUAUUGCUUACAUUAGGGCGAGGAUAUGUACACUGUAAUAUGGCUUUAUAAAUGUUAGACCUAUUUAUAUACAUCUAAGUGAGCCCCCUCUACUUGGAGGUAUAUACACAUAGAAGUAAGAUUUAGCAUCAUAUUUACCCAGCAUAUGAAUACAUACAGUAUAAAGAAUCUAUCUAUCUAUCUGUCUAUCUAUCUAUCUAUCUAUCUAUCUGUCUAUCUAUCUAUCUAUCUAUCUAUCUAUCUGUCUAUCUAUCUAUCUAUCUAUCUAUCUAUCUAUCUAUCUAUCUAUCUGCACAUAACAUGUAGAAUGACAUUCACAUUAUGCUACUUUGCUUGUACAUUUUCUCCACUAACGUUCGCCUGUCCCUGAUCGUGAUUUCUCGUUUUUUUUUCGCACUUUCGAGGUAAUUUUUCCUUUUUUCGUUUUUUUACGAGACUCGCUCUCAGCAUUAAAUGAAUGAACACGCCUUUAUUGCACCGUGGCAUUACGCUUCAAUUGUUGUUUUUUUCUAACCCGUCCUCCGAGCUCCUCCCCAGAACCACCUCCAUUUGUGCGCCAGACGAAGAUAUCUCAUUACGCUGAUGACAUACUACUUUACCCAAACGAAUCCAGUUUUUUUUAUUAAUUGGAUUUCUCAACGGGGGAAAACAUUCCAGUCCAUGUAAAUAGUCGUUCAGCUCCCCUAAACACAUAAACAUUUUCUCUGCAUUGAUGCACACUAUGGCCAUGGCAAUCAACCCAUUCAAACUCUUAUUUAACGGCUUCUUUUCUGGGGACACGCAUACAGGAAACACACCAAACUCUCUGACAAAUGCACCUUAUAUUUCUCCGGACCUCUGCUAUAAGAGUCCCAGGUCUCUGGUCAGUUUUCUUUUUUUUUUUGCAGCAACCUUUGAUUGGUAAUGUUUCGGAGGAGAACUCUUCUGCACUCUGAACCCUGAAAUUGUAAUGAUACAUUUGGCAGUUGUGACAUUGAGGCUUUCUGCACUGCUUUUCUUGAACCCUGCUGUGAUCCCUCCUCCUUCUCCUCUCCUGGAUAUCUUUUGUGUAGCUAAGCAAUAUUUAGCCAAAACUCUGCUCACCAGCAGGGAAUGUAUUUGUUGCAAGGCAACAAUAAUCAUACUGAAAAGUCCUCAAAUCAGGAGAAGAAGGGAGCAGUUAGGGGUUGUGGUGUUUUCAGUGACACAACUCUUUUCUCUUUUGGACAGUUUUGGGUGGAGUCGGGCAGGCUGCAAUGUGAGUGUGUACAGUAUCUUUGUCUGUAUCAGUGUGUAUUUGACCAGUAUAUCCUCUUCUUACAACUUUUUUCUAUUUCGAACCCCUCCCUCUGUUAUGUACACUUAUCAUGACAACGAUGAUGUCUUUAAAAAAAAUCUCUUUUCUCUCUUUCGAAGAUAUCAAAGCACAAGUCAUUGUUUAGAAAUGACAACGAUAGAAAAAUAGACAAAAAAAAGUAAACGUGCAUAUACAAAAGGGUAACGUUUGUGAUGGUGUUCUGUGGAAUUAAUACAAAUAUCAUGUAUGAACCCAACAACAAGAGAUCGCCGUAGAAGUGGAAAAAAAGGAUUGUUGUUUUCAAAUAAAUAUGAAUAGAAUUA